UUUGGCUGAGCCUGUGCCAGAGAGAGGAAGAAAAAAAAUCCCAAGAAAAAACGCAGUGGAGAAGCAGCCAGUAGAAGAAAACCAUCUGGAGGAACCCGAAUACAGCACCAGGAUAGCAAGGAAAAUACUAAGAAGUCAGGAAGAGAGGACUCUGAGGGUGCAAUGGCUUUCUUCCUCAAACCACGGCCAUGCACAUGGGACCUUGCCCUGGACUACCACACCGCCAAACAGUUUGAAGUGGACGUAACCCUGGAUCCAGCCACAGUGGGCCCAGAGGUGAUCCUCUCUGAGGACCUCAAGGAAGCCACCUGGGGCAGACCUCGAUGCCAGUGGCCUGAGGGUCCAGGCCGGUUCGACACAGACCCGUGCAUGCUGGGCAGCGAGGGCUUCACCUCGGGCCGCCACUACUGGGAGGUGGAGGCCAAUGGGCGCUUCUGGGCCGUGGGGGUGGCCCGUGAGUCAGUUCAGAGGAAAGGCCGGGUCCUCUUCAAGCCCAACACUGAAAUCUGGGGCUUGCAGAAGUAUGAUGAGCUCUGCGUUGCCCUCACAGCUCCCUCCCACACCUCUGUUCCACUCCUCAAUGGGGAGAUUGGGGUCUACCUGGAUUAUGAGGUGGGACAGGUCUCUUUCUACGCUGUCAGCAGCCGCCAACGCAUCUUCACUUUUCCUGCCUCCUUCAGUGGGGAGAGGGUCUUCCCCUACUUUUGCGUGCUCCUCUCAACCAUUAAACUGUCCCCCAAGGGCUGACGCCCUUAAAGGAUCCUCCCAAAAGCUGGUUGCAUCACAGUGGUUGGAAAUGCUGGUUGAUGCUCCUCAACUCUAAUUUUCCAAGUCUUGAAGUCAUUUCUAACUCAGUUCAUGGUCAUUCCUUCAUCUUAGAUGUCUCUGUUUUGGGUUGUGCCAUGGAGAUAUUGGGUCUGAGCUCAGUACAGCUCAUCUCAAGUUGCUAAAUUCAUGCAAAGCUUGUUAAAAAGAGCUGGACUUCCCUGAGCUUGUUUUGAGCUAAAAUCUUCAUUUUUUUCUCCCAAAUACAGCUUCCUCUGGAAGGUUCCUUUUGCUGACCUCAGUGCCUAUGAUUGGCUGGGCUUCCAGCACAAAUUAAAAAUCUUGAUUUUUGCAGACUUUGUAUUAAUACCAGCAGCUAUUCCUAUUAAAACUUGUAAUUUAAUAUUGUUUUAUAUCAUUUAAAUCCCCUUGUUAUCACAAGGAUGUGCUCACAUCCACUGCCCCCACUCUUUUCCUCUGCUGUUCCCUAUGCUUGAGAUGUAUUUCCAAGUACUUAGCAUGUAAAUAUGCUCCAGAUAGA